GCCUGACAGUCACACACCACAGGGCAGAUAGGGCCUCAAAACCACACACCUGGAAGGUACGCAGUAGAAACAUGGAUUUAAAAAGCCUAUUCGUGGUAGCCCAGUUUAUAAAGGCAAGAUGUGCCCAUGGCAUGAUGGCAGGAACAGCCAAAAAGGAUAAGAAUUAUAUUUUCUAUGAGGUGGAGAUUCAGGAUUCCAAGAAGUUGAAGCUUUGCUACUUGGACAAGGUGGAACCUAAUGCCACUAUUGGAGAGAUCAAGUGUCUAUUAUAUAAGAUAUAUCCCAAAUGGUACCCAGCCAGACAGGCUUUGUCACUUCACCCAGAUGGGGAGUCCCUGAAGGAUGAUGAAGUAUUGGAGAAUCUACCGGUGGGAACCACGGUAACAAUGUUCUUCCACGACCUGGGACCGCAGCUGGGGUGGACCAUGGUGUUUCUGUCAGAGUUUGGACCUCUCUUCAUCUACCUUUUCUUCUUCCUCAUCUCCUCAACGUCUACGAGCAGAUCGAUGACUAUACCUCCAGUCCCUGCCUCAGUGGUCACGCUGGCGUGUGUGUGUCACUGUUUCCACUACUUCAGAAGGUUGUUGGAGACCAUCUUCAUCCACCGUUUCUCUGAUGGCACCUUGCCGCUGCAAACCAUCAUGAGGCUUUUGUACUCCCAGCUCUGUGAAGCUGGAAACUUCUCAAUUCAUUUGGCUCUCAAUAACUUGGGCUGUAAUGGUCUGAGGCCCAAACGGAUCCCUUACCCCACCAGGAACCCCUUCACGUGGCUCUUCUUCUUCGUGUCAUGUCCCAACUACACCUAUGAGGUGGGGACGUGGUUGAGUUUCUCCAUCAUGACACAGUGUGUUCCAGUGGCUCUGUUCACGUUGCUGGGCUUCAUCCAGAUGACCAUCUGGGCACGGGGAAAACAUACGAUGUACACCAGAGAGUUUACAGACUACCCUGAGCUAAGAUCAGCUAUCAUCCCUUUGUUCCUGUGAGCCAGCCAGGGUUGACAACAAGAGCCUAAUCCUUAAUUAUACCCCUGUUCCCUAUAAGGGUUGCAAAUUCGGAUUACUGUCACCAAAUUCCCCAGUUUUUUCCAGAAAUCGCAGUUGUAAAUUCCAUGGAAUCAGAAGGGAAUAAGCAAGGAAAUCUGGAAUCGUCCAAUCAUAACAAGCAGGAAAUCUGGAAUUGUCCAAACAGGAUUUCUGGAACAACUGGGAAUUUUGGGUAAAUUAUCAAAAUUGUGCGCUUCCCUAUACUUUUGGCCAGAGUCACAUAGGCCUCUUGCCAAACGUAGUGUACUACAUAGGGAUUAUAGGAUGCUAUUUUAGACAGACCCAUUGCACACUCUACUACAGUUAGAGAAAGCAGUGUAGUGGACACUGUGGUAAUAGUGCACCUGUAUGGGAUAUGAUGUGGAUCUGGCCAAAAGAAGUGACACUAUAUAGGGAACAACAGAUACCCAGGCAACAAGCCAGCUGUAUAUAAAUGAACUUUGUGACAGCCUCUCAGUCAGAAUAGGGUUACAAGGCCUCACUCAGGCCUGUGACUUAACGUCAUUAACUCAACUCUACACUAAAAGUGUACAUUUGUAGCAAGGUUAUGGGUUUUACACAGAUACUGGUUUAAAGUUAGGAUGAAUGUACUGCAAAGUGUGGGAUGAAUACAAUAGAUUGGUUUGAUUCCAUGUAGUCGUAGAGAAUUGAUCGUUUUUUUAUUUUUUAUUCACCAUAAUCAUUGUUGCUGCACAGUUCAUAUGGGUGACAAUGUGUAUACUUUAUAGUAGUGGUCUUGAACCUAGUGCACUUGAAGUCUAGUGCACUUGUUCCCCUGUUGAAGGACGAAUGGCCCUGUUCAGUCAAAACAGAUGUCAAGUAACCAUAAUAUUUAACUUGUGUGAUAUUAAUAGUAUUUUAUCUUAUUUGUUUAUGUUGUUAGUUACACAGUGGGACUGUUUUAUUUUUUUCACAGUAACGUUGUGAUAUUAAUUAACCCAUUUGGAUUUAACAGGGUCAGUGUUUUGCUGUUAAAGCAUGGCAUCAGUUGAUACACACAUAUCUAUUCUCAUACAUAAUACUAGCUAUGACAGGGAUGGGCAGCUGGCAACAGAGGGGCCCCUUUUGAAGGCCCU